CAGUACUAAUUAGUCAUAAACAGAUUGGCUUCCCAGGGCUAGGGCUGUGGUUCAUCAGUAGAGCACUUGCCUAGCACACGGAAGGCUCUAGAUUAGGUUCUCAAUACUGAAAUGAAUGAAUCAGUCAGUCAGUCAGUCAGUCAGCCAAUAUCAUGAUUCUUUUUGUCUCACAGGAAUUUGCGAGCCUUUGACGACAUUUGAUCUGUUGUUGUGUGUGUCCCUCUUUGUUCAAACUAGAGCUGUGCCAUGGCUGAGACUGGGGAAGAGGAGGCGGCAUCAGCAGAAGCCUCGGGGUUCUCGGACUUGAGUGACUCGGAGUUGGUGGAGUUUCUGGACCUGGAGGACGCCAAAGAAUCAUCCGUUUCACUUAACGAGCCUGGCCCUUCUUCCGAGCUUCCUGGGAAGGAUGGCCAACCCAUAAGCUUGCAAAACUGGAAAAAGGGAUUGGAGGUCUUGUCACCCAUGGAGAGAUUCCACUUGAAAUAUUUAUAUGUCACUGACCUGUGUACUCAGAACUGGUGUGAACUGCAGAUGGUGUAUGGGAAGGAACUUCCUGGUCCUUUGACGCCUGAGAAGGCGGCUGUUUUGGACACUGGUGCUAGCAUCCACUUAGCAAAAGAACUGGAACUUCAUGACCUUGUGACUGUCCCCAUCACCACUAAAGAAGAUGCUUGGGCAAUUAAGUUUUUGAACAUACUAUCAAUGAUCCCCACCCUGCAGUCAGAAGGGCGCAUCCGAGAGUUUCCAGUGUUUGGGGAAGUGGAGGGAGUAUUUCUUGUUGGAGUGAUUGAUGAGCUGCACUACACAUCCAAGGGGGAACUCGAGCUGGCUGAACUCAAGACACGGAGGCGCCCUGUGCUCCCCCUGUCAGCCCAGAAAAAGAAAGACUGUUUUCAAGUUUGCCUAUACAAAUAUAUUUUUGAUGCCAUGGUACAAGGGAAAGUGACUCCUGCUAGCCUAAUCCACCACACAAAACUGUGUAUGGAGAAGCCCCUGGGGCCUUCAGUGCUGAGGCAUGCCGGGCAAGGCGGCAUCUCUGUGAAAUCUUUGGGUGACCUCAUGGAACUGGUUUUCUUGUCUCUUACACUGUCUGAUCUCCCAGCUAUUGACACCCUAAAACUUGAAUAUAUCCAUCAAGAGACUGCCACUGCAUUGGGCACAGAGAUUGUACCCUUUGAAGAGCAAGAAGUGAAAAGCAAGGUGCAGCAUUAUGUGGCCUACUGGAUGGGCCACCGAGAUCCCCAAGGCGUUGAUGUGGAAGAGGCAUGGAAGUGUCGGUCCUGUGACUACGCAGCCGUCUGUGAGUGGAGGAGGGGCGGUGGAGUGCUCAGCUCUUCGUUGGAGCCCAAAGCCAAGAAGUUGAAAUGAAUGAAAGAAAUGUUGGGCAUUUCUGUUCUUAAUAUAGCUGUGUAAGAGGGCCAGGCUCUCAGGUUGGCUUUUGUGGAUAGUGUUUUUUAUUUUUAUGUCUAAACCUUUAAUAACAUUCCAGCCCAGGGC